CGGGCACGUUGGCGCGCCGCCAGCGCCGGAUCGCGGUCACACCAAUACAUUCACAUUUCUCGGGAAAAAAUAACAGACUGGACGUAACAGUUAUCUCGUCAGCUUCGAGAGUCGCGCUCUGCCAUUUGGUGCUGCUUGGAGCUGGACGAGAGUGUGGUAGAAGUUGAACAGGUCCUGUUGGUGUGUGUAUUGUGGGCAGGCGUGGCGUGGCGGUGUUGUGGCGCCGCCCCCGCGCCCUCGCGCCGCGCUGCCAAGUGGGCCAGGACGAGCCGCGCGUGCGCAGCUGCCGCACCCGUUCAGCGGAGCCCGAAGGCCUGCGCUACUGUGAGGAGGCAUCCUGUCUAUUGUAACCAUUAUGGACACGGUGUACCCGGCGGCGGCGUCGGCGUUAGCACGGGGUCGGCGUGCGCGGCGCGGCGGCGUGCGCGCGCGGCAUCGCACCAUGCCCGUCACUUUCGCUGAGAUCAAGGAAGUGGACGAGGAGAGCGUGGAGGAGGCGAGCGCGCAGGCGCCGGCGGCGAGCGUGCGGCGGCGGCCCGACGUGCUGGACGAGCGGCUCGGGCGCCAGUUCCUGGAGUUCCGGCGCCGGCGCCGCCGCGACGCGCUGUCCGAGCCGCCGGACGAGCCCGCCGACACCCCGCCGCCUCCGCCGCGCGCCGGCUCCGAGCCCAUAGAGCCGCGCUGAUACCACCACUGUCCGACCUUAAUAUUAAGCAGUCUGUACUUAUAAAGCCGAUAUUGAUGACAAUCAGUUAGUUCUGUGGCUGACACGGUAUUUCUGUUGCCAGCUCUACUGACUGAGGCCGAAUAGUUAUGACCGAGUUAUGACGUUGCAGUCUGGAAAAGUGGUGGGCAAAGUACCUACGGCCCGCGGACCACAUCCGGUCCACGAAAAGAUUUAACAUCCGGCCCUUCACUGGUCUUUCAAAAGUGUGUGAUAUGGCCAACAUUAUAGGUAGUAAAAAUGCAUUUCUGGUGUAAAUCUGGCUCUCCUCUAAAAUUCGCUUUCUUCGAUGAGGAAAGUCUGUCCACCCCUGGUCUAGGAGACUAGAAUAAGUGAAAUAUAGUUAUUUGUUAUACAAGGGGGCAAAGUUGUAUUUUAACGCCGAGUGUGGAAUUGAAAAACGAGCAAGUGAAAGGAUCCUAUAGUUGAACCACGAGCGAAGCGAGUGGUUCGAGAAUAG